UGCUGGGCCAACCAGAGUCUCCGUGGUGCGUUUGCUGAUUGUGAUUUGACAAUGACACCCAACAGCAACGACAGCAUCAAUAUCAAUGGCGGUUCAGUGCUACAGAGCCAGGGACUGCCGGAGUCCAGAGGAGGCGACGGAGGUGGUGUGCUCGUGGUGGAGGGAAGCAAAGGUCUGAAGAAAGGGCCGUGGACGGCCGCUGAAGACCAGGUUUUGGUGGAGUACGUGAGGAAGCACGGCGAGGGAAAUUGGAACUCGGUGCAGAGGAACUCCGGCCUCAACCGGUGCGGCAAGAGCUGCCGCCUCCGGUGGGCCAACCAUCUUCGCCCCAAUUUGAAGAAAGGCUGCUUCUCCCCCGACGAGGAAAGGCUUAUUCUUGAGCUGCACGCCAAAUACGGCAACAAAUGGGCUCGCAUGGCUUCUCAGUUACCUGGACGAACGGACAACGAGAUAAAGAACUACUGGAACACAAGGGUGAAGAGGAGGCAACGCCAAGGAUUACCAUUAUACCCCCAUGACAUCAAGCAAUCCCAGUAUUCCUAUUCCCAUUCCCAUUCCCCACCCACUUCUCUAACCAUACCCAACGGAGUACUAAACCCACCCACCACCCCCACCCAAAACUCCCUCAACCCCAACACCGAUAAUUCCCCAUCCCCAACAUUUUGCUUCCAAAUCCAAAGCCCUACCCAAACCCACCACCACCCCCACAUCCCUCCGCUCUCCCCAACUCCUCCGUCUCUCUCUCCUCUCUCCUCCCCUCACCAACCCAAACCCACUUCUGCCACUUCCGUCCCCCUCUUUGACCCUACCGCAACCGCCUCCACCCCCUCCUUUACCUUCCACCGUCCCGCCCCCAUCCUCGGCGCCCCGCUCAGCCACAAACGCUACCGUGACUCUGUUGGAUAUUCCCCGCCGAUAUCGCCCGCCCCGCAACGGAAUACUUCGAUUCUGCGAACUAGUUCGAUGCCUGACAUCGCCUCCUUUCAAUUGACAGCUGCUGGCACUAGCACGAUGCCCGACAUGUCUUCCUUUCAGUUCCCGAGAACUUUCAACAACCCUUUCCCGCCAAUGUCGCGGACACAGUUCGAGUACUCCGAUGGCUUGUUGUCGCCUUCCGGCUCAGUUUAUUCAGUCAAGUCGGAGCUCCCUUCAAACCAAGUUUCCCAAACGCACUCCGAGGUUACCAUUGAAGCCAAGGUAAGCUCGACAGUGGCGGCGGUUUCAGCGGCCGAUGAGAAUAAUGGGCUACUGGAAGACUUGUUACAAGAGGCUGAGGCAUUAGCUUGCGGUGGCAGCGGCGGUGGUGGAAACAAUAAUUCACGGGUGAGAGGAAAUGGGAUGUUGGGUUCGUUUGAUGAGAAGCAAGUGUCGGAUGGUUAUCGCCGGUGGCUGCAAUCCACAACCUCGAUGGGUAGCUCAUUAUUCGAAGCAAAACCCAUCCAUGAUGAUCACCUGAAUUCAAUGCCUGAAGACUUGUCAAAGCUGUUCAGCUUCAUCCCUUCAACUGAGCCGGUCUCUGAUUGGUAUAGUGACAGCGGAGAACUCUCCAAUGGUCACUCUUCCGGCGUGACAGAUACCGGUUUGGAUUUUGACAUGCAGCAUAUGGCUUCAUUGUUCCCUUUUACUGCCACAGGAGAGCAUGGGAAAGCCUCUAGCUCUUGGGAUAACUUGCCUGGGAUUUGCUGAGGAUGGUUCCAUCCAUAUACACAACAAAAUAGUAUAUAUAAUUAUAUAUUAUAGAGAGUGAAAUAAAAGCUCUGAUGGCUUAAUUAAAAGAGAUUGUAUUUUUUUUAAAAUUCAUUUUCCUUGAUGGUGUUUGUUUUCAUCAUGGUUGUCACUGUCUUCAGGCUUUCCAGACCUGGUACUGUAAUGUUAAUUUAUAUCUAUGUAGAGAGCCGAGCUUUACU